CCAAAUGUCAAGCGCAUAUGUGCACACACAUAGAUACUCGUAGAAAAGAAACCGAACGCAGCUUAAGGGACAUACGAAGCACUUUUUCCGAUGAACGAUCUAGCAAGAGAAGAAAGAAGAAGAAGAAGAAGACGAAGGAGGAGGUGGAAAAGACGGAGAGCGCGAGCAAUGACUGUGUGCAAAAUGUCUACCACUGAGCAGUUGUGGUAGUAGUGAGCUGUGUGCCAUCAACGCAAACGUACGACUUUCUACACACGUUCUACUUCACUGUUUUACUUCAUUUUUUUUGUCUUUAUAUGACAAAAAAAAUCAAAAAAAGACAUUUUCACAAAAAAUAAUUGAUUCAUUUAGUACAAAAACGAGGCAAGUCAAUUUUAGCUUGCUUAAUUGCAAAACAAAGAACAUUUAGAUAUAAUUGUAUUGUGUGUAAUUCUGAGAGUUCUAACUAAAGAACGGAUUUUGGUGCAAGAUUAAGUGAAUUUUUAAUUUGAUUCAGUGACGAAGCGUCAUGUCAAAUACAAUUCCAAAUAUCGGUGAUAUCAAUUCACAGCACAAUAAGCAAUUGAACACAUUCCACGCGCCAUCAUUCGGUGACGACGAUUUCGACGUGAGUUCGAUGCAAAUGAUGCAACAAACACAUCAAAUGGAUCAGUAUCAUCCAAUGCCAAUACCCCCACAACAAAUGCAAGACCAACAAUAUAUGUGGCAACAGCAGCAGGAAGCUAAUCAGAGAAAUUUUGCGGCACCCCCCAGCAACAUGAACAUGGCAAUGUACAAUAGCCCGAUGAUGGAUCCGCAAAUGCACUAUCUAAAUGGAGACCCAGUUUAUAAUCAUCAGGGCCAGCCCCCAAAUCAUAAUCACAUGCAGCAAAUGCAGCCCCGUCCAGUACCAGCCCAGGGUCCGCCACCACAACAAAUGCAUUACCAACCAACACAACAGUCGCAGGAUCAAAUGCUAAUGAUGCCUCCACCCUAUAAGUCGCCACCAAUGAAUGCACAACCACCACAAUCACAAAUUAUGAGCAGCCCAACGGCUCAUCAAAUCAAUCAGUCUCCGCAUUAUGGCGUCCCUACAGAAAACGGUACAACUAGUGAAGAUAGCGAUGGUAGUGUUAAUACAUUGAAACGACCUUCGCCCGAACCAUUGAACGAAUCACCAUCGAAAGGUGGAAAGGCGUCAGCGACGGCACCGAAAAAACCGAAGCCACCGCGAAAGAAGAAGAAGAAAGAUCCAAAUGAACCAACGAAACCCGUAUCAGCGUAUGCAUUAUUCUUUCGUGAUACACAAGCAGCUAUCAAAGGGCAAAAUCCAAAUGCCUCAUUUGGUGAAGUAUCGACAAUAGUGGCAUCAAUGUGGGAUGGUUUGGCACACGAGCACAAGGAGGUGUACAAGAAGAAAACGGAAGUGGCUAAGAAGGAGUAUUUGAAAACGUUGGCCGUAUAUCGUGCAAGCAUUGUAUCCAAAGGCAAUGAUGUUGAUUCAAAUAAACCAUCAACACCGACUGGUACCAUAUCGCCCCAGAAUCAAUCGGUUCAACAGGCGAACAGUACGCAGCAAUCGCCUCAGAGUCUUCCAAAUCCACAAGCAUCGACUCAACAACAACAACAGCAACAACAAUCAUCGCAGGUGAAGCCAAACUCACCGAUUCAGCCCCAGUUAUCAAAUCAGCCAAAUGCAAAUAUGAAUCAACAACCGUAUUUAACACCACAGCAGCAGCAGCAACAACAACAACAGCAACAGCACCAGCAACAACAGGCUGGACAACAAACGUCUAUGCCACCUCAAUCGUCGCCAUAUCAACAAACAUACAACCCUCCUACGAAUGCAUACAAAUCGCCACCGAAUCCAAAUCAAAUCGAUUACAAUAGUAUGAAUAUGUCAAUGCCCCACAAUCAAUUGUCGCCAAUUCAUCAAAACGUUCCACAAAAUCAUCAAAUGCAAAUGCAACACAUGGGACAUCCACAGCAGCAAGUUCCAAUGGUUCGAUACGGUUAUGAGCAGCAAGGGCCACCACCACAGCAAGGGCCACCGCAACAGCCACCACCGCCACCACACAAUAUCCCAAUGGAUCCGUACAGUUCGUCACCAAAUCAUGGGAAUCUACAGCAGCAGCCACCGCCACCAAUGCAUCAGAUCCCAACACACCAUCAGCCCUAUGGAAGUGAAGGUGGUUACAACAUUCAUGCAAAUGAUGUUAGCAAUCAAAAUUUUAAUUCAUUCCAAUUAAAUCAACAGCCCACAACUACUAUGGUUCUACACAAUAUGCCACCCAACCAAUUGCAGGAAAUGCAAACGGCAACACCUAUGCCCCAGCAAUGCAUACGAGCUGGAUGUCAAAAUACGGCCAUUGCGCACAAGGACUGGGAAGAUGAAUACUGCUCCAAUCACUGCGUGGUUUUGCACUGUAGAAACGUUUUCUCAAAUUGGGUGCAAUCGAAUAAUGCUACAUCGAUCAACCCGCAACAGAACUUUUCUGUGAAAUAGUGUCAUCAUUGAAAUCAUCUCGUGUGUCAUAGCCUAGCUGACUACAAGAGAGGAAAACUUCUAUACCAUUACAAAACAAACAAACACACAAAAAAAAAUUACGCAAAACAAAACAAAUCAAGAGGGGAAAAAAAGAGAAAAACACGUACACAACUUCUUUGAUGUGAGAGAAUGAUCGAAAUUGUCGACGAUUUAGCGCAACUUGAACGUAUCAAUAUUUAUGGCCAUUGCAAUAAUACGAAUGAAGCAUACACUGACAACCAUUAAAAUCCACACCGCUGUCUUCUGUCUUUCUUUUUCAUUCUCUCUCACUCUCUGGUUGGUACAUUUGUCGCGUUUUUUCCUUCUUUUCUUUUUAUUUGAACCUGCUUCAUUCGGAAAACUGUAAAAAGAAUUCUCGUUUUUUUGUAUCAUGUUUUUGUUGAUCAUAGUCGUACACUGUGUGCUACAAAUUCGCAUUAUUGUGCUAUUGCCAACCUAAAUAAAUAAAUAAAAAACUACAUAGCAGUGCAUCACAUCACAUCGGAGAAGACAACUACUUCAACGAAGAUUGUUGCACCGUAACAAAAAAAAAAACAAAACGUUAAACUAUCCAUUUUAUCGACAAAAAUAUUUAAGGAUUUUUAAGAAAUAUUGUAAUUUUCUUAAUAAAAAUUAUUAUUAUAAUUGAAUAGCAAUUAAUCUCAAA